GAGGCCCGCAGUCGGACCCCAGGAUCGGCCUUCCCAAGUUCGCCCAGCCGUGCGCACGGGGUGCAGGACCCCCACCGCGGUCCUGGGCAUGUGAUGGGGUCGUCCGGAAAGGAUUUCAGAUGCACACCAGGUUUCCACUGAGUGCCAGAAUUCCAGAUCCCUACACAUGGAUCCUUUAAAUCUGCAUGGCAGGUCGUUUGUGGCGAUCCAGCAGCCUGCCGUGGAGGGCCGGCUGAGACUAGACUAUGGUAGAGAGAACCAGCCUGCUGCCAUUCUUUCCUUGGACCAGAUCAAGGCUAUCCGGGGCAGUAACGAGUACACGGAAGGGCCUUCUGUGGUCAAGAGACCUGCUUCCCGCCCACUGCCACGACAAGAAAAGCAGGAGAGGACGCAUGAAAUUGUACCAGUUAAUGUGAACAGUGGCUCCGAGCAGAGACCUGCAAGCCACCUGGGGCCUGGUGGACCCCCAAGUAAUGCCAGGGGUCUCAUUUUGAGCAGAUCUACCAGCACCGGAAGUGCAGCGAGCUCUGGGAGCAGCAGUAGUGCCUCUUCUGAGCAAGGACUCCUGGGAAGGUCACCACCCACUAGGCCCAUCCCUGGCUAUCGGGCUGACAGGGCUAUCCAGAUCCAGCCUAAGCAACUGCUUGCGGAUGACUUGAAAGGUUCCUUGAAGGAAGACUUGACUCAGCACAAGUUCAUCUGUGAACAGUGUGGGAAGUGCAAAUGCAGAGAUUGCACGGCUCCCAGGACCCUUCCUUCCUGUCUGGCCUGUAACCGACAGUGCCUGUGCUCGGCUGAGAGCAUGGUGGAAUAUGGCACCUGUAUGUGUUUGGUCAAAGGCAUCUUCUACCACUGCUCCAGUGACGAUGAAGGUGAUUCGUACUCGGACCAUCCUUGCUCGUGUUCCCAGUCGCACUGCCGCUCUCGAUUCCUGUGUAUAGGAGCCAUGUCUCUCUUCUUGCCCUGCCUGCUCUGUUACCCUCCAGCCAUGGGAUGUCUGAAGCUCUUCAGAGGCUGUUACGAUUGGCUCCACCGUCCAGGGUGCAGGUGUAAGAACUCCAAUACAGUGUAUUGUAAGCUGGCAAGUUGCCCUUCUCGGGGUCAGGGGAAGCCAUCAUGAAUUUUGGAGGUGGGUGGGACCUCCUGAACUUCCAGCUUUUGAAUGGUGGCUGUUGGGGGAAAAAAAGAAAAAAAAAUCCUAUUAGAUGCUCAUCUCCCUCACACAAACACACGUCUCUCUUUAGAGUUGCUCCUUUGUCUCCUGCUUGCUCUCCCUGUAAUUUCCAAGGUUUGGCUCAUGGAUCUUACUGUUCAGGAAGAGUUUACGGUGAAAUGACUUCUGGAGAGGGGAUGGAGAGCUAGUGGGGUUCGGGUAGUUUCUUGGUUCUGCAAGCAGCUUUUUCCAGUUGUACACAUCAGCACACACGCACACAGCCAGACUGCAGUGAUUGAAAGAUGUCUUUGGUUGGAUGUUGGGGAGCAGGGAGAUUGGUUUUGAAAGAAGCAACCAUUUAAUUGCUUAACUGAGCUAUGUAUUGAAUCUUCCUCCAAUUCCAGUGAUCUUCAGCGUAUUGGAUGGAUAUCUUGUUAUAAUACAAACUUUGGUUCUUUAACUGCAGCCCUCUCCUUUUCAUCUCUUCUCUGUUGUCUUGGCAAUGUUUUAGUCUUGAAUGCUGUAUGCCCCCCCACCCCCAUUUCCUUUCUGUGUAAUUUUAGAUUCUCUUUACAAUGUAAGUCUUCAUAUUGGAGACAAAUUGGUUAUAAUUUGCUUCUUCUUCUGGCUUUCAACUUUGAGAAGGAUUUGACUCCCUUCCUUCCACACCCACAAGCUCUUUGCCAAAUUUCUGUUGUCAUGGAAGGCACUUGGAUCACUGAGGUUGAAAUUUAGAGCUGGUGGAUUAUUGUCAGUGUCACAGAACAUUGCUGCCUAAAGUAAUCGUAGCUUGUGAAUGGCCCUUUUGGUCCCAUGGUUGGUUAACAACUGAGUUAUCUCAAUCUUCCCUGUGUUCCCCUCGCCUUAACCACAAAUUGUGGUGCUUUUUUUUUUCUUUUGUAUAUGUUAUGUAUAAAUCACAAAGUUGAAUUCUGACUAUUUUUAAGACAAGAGUCUGUUAAACUUUUUUAUUGUAAAGAAUAUUUAUUAUGCGAAUCUAUUAUUUUAUGAUAUUUAUUGCAAAAGACUGUUGAAAUGUACUCAUGUCUGACUAUAAUAAAAUAUCAAUACUUAACGGAAAGUAAGGUGACAGGAAGAAAGUACAUAUGUUAACUAUAAUGCGAAAAUAUAUUAAUUAAUGAAACUGC